GUACUUGAAGGGUUAAUGUCUAUUGAGAGCUUCAAGUUUUCUAGAAAUGAUAGAAUUUGUAUUCCCCUUGAUCAGCCCAUCUACCCCUGCAAGUUCCUUAUUGGGUAUUCUACCUGCCAAUCAUCCCGCUUUGGCCAAUGAAGCUUCAAGUAAUCUCUGCUACACUCCUAUUGCUUCCUGCUCCUGUCAAUCUCUAGUUCUGUUUUACGAUUGGACGUCUUGUCGAACGCUGCUAUUGGUCAACCCCCUUCUUAGUCGUAUAGCUUCGCGCGCUUGUCAAUCUCCAGUUCUGCGAUACGAUUGGCCGCCUUGUCGAACGCUGCUAUUGGUCAGCUUCUUGUUAUAUUACGUGUUGUUAUUGGCUGCUUUUGAGCGCCAUCUCAUGAGGCGUCCGCCUUCGCCAUUGGCUACGUUCUGGCGGGAGGAGCAGAUUUAAAGUCGGUGGUUACGACUUCCAUACUCGGUGCUCCUGGACAUUCCCGACUGCCUCACCUGGAGAGUGGAUACGCCUCAGGUAAGUAAGGUCUCCACCAUGUCGCUGCAGUUUAAUAUCCCUUUGGCCUUUAAGGACUUGCUGAAGAGCGGAGGAGUGGGCCAAUAUGUGGUCCAGGAGGUGCUGCCUGUACGACAGCUGACCGCUGACCUCCAUGCAUAUAAAGCCGCCCUACGGUCCCAGGGUCCCAAAUGUGUUAUACAGCAUUUUGAUUCACUAUACAGCAUCCUAUACCAUUUCCGCUCGGUGGAUGUUGCCCUGAAAGAAGACUUGCUUGAAUUGCUCGUCAAAGCCAAUUCUCAGCAUGCAAGCGAGCUUCCCUCAGUCCUGGACGAUAUGUCUCUGGCUACGGCAGAGCGUGAUCUGCAUCUGAACACUCUUAAGAUGAACUGCUUCCUCCUCUUGCAUCUGGUGGAGGCGUUUGAAGUAGAAACUUAUAAAGCUGCUUUAGGGAAUGUGGAGCCAAGUGGGAAGGGCAGAAAGGCAAAGUCCAAAGCAGAUGGCUUUUUGUGGGAAAAUGAAAGGGAGAAUGUUCUCCAAACCAUCACACAUCUGCUUCAGCUGGAUAUUCGGCGGCUCUGGAGCAUGUCGCUGAUGGAAGAGGAAUUUAUCAGUAUGGUCACUGGCUGCUGUUACAAAAUGAUGGAAAAUCCAAGUAUUGGAGCUCUGAAAAAUAAGUCUCUCUGGGAAGCUUUAUCGCAUCUGCUUGGUGUGGCUGUGAAACGCUCAAAUGACACUCUGAGUGUCAGUGUGAAGGUGAUUCAGCUUCUGCAGCAUUUUGAACAUCUGGCUCCAGUGCUGGUCCAUGCAGUGACUCUCUGGGCCACUGAAUAUGGAAUGAAACCUUUGGUUGGUGAAAUCAUGAGAAAGAUUGGACAGAAGUCAUGCCAGGAUCUCUCCCGGGAAAGCUCUGCUGUGAAAGCUAUACAUAUGUUUAUAACACAGCUCUCUGAGAGGAUUCCAGCUAUCAUGAUGCCAAACAUAAGCGUUCUAUUAGAUUACCUGAAUGCUGAGCCAUACAUGAUGAGGAAUGCAGUACUGACUGUAAUGGGAGAGACUGUUAUUCGUGUCCUUAGUGGAGACAAUCUGGAUGAAUCUGAGAAAAAUGCUAGAGACAGUUUCCUAGACACUCUUCAAGAACACAUACAUGAUGUGCACACGUUCGUUCGUUCCUGUGUCCUGCAAAUUUACAAUCGUAUUGUGCAAGAAAAGGCUCUACCAUUGUCUCGUUUCCGGUCAGUAGUAACACUAGUGGUUGGUCGCCUGUUCGACAAAUCUGUGAAGGUCUGCAAAAAUGCCAUACAGGUUCUUGCAUCUUUUCUUGCCAACAAUCCUUUCACUUGUAAGCUUAGCAGCACUGACUUGAAAGGUCCGCUAGAAAAAGAGAAAAAUAAGUUGAAGGAACUUCAAGAUAAACAGAAAAAGAAGCCACCAGUGGUAGUCAUCUCUGCAGAAGAGGAGUGGGAAGCCAUGCUUCCUGAAUUGCAAGAAACCCUGGAUGCCCUGGAACAAGAGGAGGAAAAUGGAGAUGAGGAUACUGAAGUGGAUUCCCCCCAGCAGCUUUGUGAGCGUAUUCUGGCCCUCUUAAAGAGCACCAGUUACAAAAAUGCCAUCCGCCUGGUAAAGAAAGGCAUAAGUCUCUUCCCAGAAGAUCCUCUGUUUUCAGUGGAGCAGGAGGAGAAUGCAGAGUUGGUGACCAUUUUGGAGAAAAUCUUUACUGCAAAGGAUAAACAUUCAGAAUCCACAAAUGAGGAACAAGUUGAAGAAGCUGCCUCUGAGCAACCUGAUGAGCAGAGGUCUGAACUGAGCAAGCAGGAGAUGCUGGUGCAGUACCUGACUGACGCUCACUAUUUUGCAGUGAAGAUAGAAGAAGCAAUUGAUAUUAUAAGCAAGAUGAUGUAUGAAGCGGCAUCAUCUGUGGUACAAGAAGUCAUAGAGUUCUUUGUGACCGUUUCCCAAUUUGGGGUACCUCAGGCUGUAGUUGGGGUACGCCGCAUGCUGCCUCUCAUAUGGUCAAAGGAGCCUGGUGUUCGUGAUGCUGUUGUUGGUGCGUACCGGCAACUUUAUCUUUGUGCCAGCUCUGAGUCUGAAAGGGUGAAGGCUCAGAAUUUGAUUCAAAAUCUGUCUUUGCUUAUGGUCGACUCAUCUGCUGGAGUUAUCCAGUCUCUGGAGGAGAUAGUUUUGGAGUUUGUACAAAAAGGGGAAAUUCGCCCCUCUGUGACACAAUUGCUCUGGGAACAAUUUACCCUGAAGGUGCCUUGUACUAACAUAGAACGUCGUGCUGCAGUUAUGAUGUUGGGAAUGAUGUCUCGGGGCGAACCAGAAAUUGUACUUAGUAACUUGGAUACUCUGGUGACUAUGGGUUUGGGUCAAGAAGUACAGAAGGAUUACCAGCUGGCUCAAGAAGUGUGUAAUUGCAUCUUGAAAAUCACAGACGGCCAAAAGUCCACUCUUGGGAAGAAGUCACCACCACUUCGUCUUCCAAGGGACCAUUGUCUUUUCCAGAAUCUAGCUGAAGCUGUGGUUGGAGGGAUCACUCAGCAGAAUCUGCACUGGAUAUCCUUUAAGGAGAUUGUGAUUAAGCUAGUGUUUGAGAUGGGGGAAGAACCUGAGGAAAUUGGUGCAGACAUCUUACACAGAUGCAGCCAACAAGUCCUCCAGGAACUGAACAACCAAGGAGAUGCAUCUACCUUACCGGCGUUUCUGCUCACCCACCUGCUGUCCCUGGCUGGAGAUGUUGCACUGCAGCUUGUAGUCCACUUGGAGUGUACAGUUAGUGCAGAGCUGAGGGGGAGGAGAAUCUUGAAAGAAGAACAAGAGGCAGAGAAAUUGGGAAAGAACAAACAAAGGAAGAGCAAGGGGAAUGAGAGUAUGGAGGAGGAAGACCUGGGUCUGGUUGGUGCUUCUGCUGAUGAUGCUGAAGCUGAGCUCAUACAGAGAGUUUGUGACAAAGAGCUGCUUAAUGGUCAGCAAUACCUCUCUGCAUUUUUGCCUCUUGUUCUCCGGGUUUGUAAAAAUUCUGGGAAAUACAAUGACCCUGCCUUGUGCACAGCAGCCACUUUAGCACUUACAAAAUUUAUGAUGAUCAGCUCAGACUUUUGUGACUCUCACCUACGUCUUAUCUUCACACUUUUGGAGAAAUCGCCACUGCCAGCAGUUCGAUCAAACAUCAUGAUUGCUUUAGGAGACCUCAGCAUCCGGUUUCCUAAUCUUAUUGAACCAUGGACGCCUCAUCUCUAUGCCAGGCUCCGGGAUGAGUCGCGUGAUGUUCGUAGGACCUCCGCCAUUGUAAUGACUCAUCUGAUUUUAAAGGACAUGGUGAAGGUUAAAGGACAAGUCAGUGAGAUGGCUGUGCUGCUCAUAGAUUCAGACCAAGAAAUAGCCUUGCUGGCCAAAAACUUUUUCACUGAGCUAUCAAACAAGGGAAAUGCAGUGUACAACCUCUUACCUGAUAUUAUCAGCCGUCUAUCAGACCCAGACUGUGGUGUUGAGGAGGAAGCUUUUCACACAAUCAUGAGACAUCUCCUGUCAUACAUCACCAAGGACAAGCAAACUGAGAGUUUAAUAGAAAAAAUGUGCCACAGAUUCCGUACAGCCAGGACUGAGCGUCAAUGGAGGGAUCUUGCCCAUUGUCUGUCCCUCCUGCCUUUCUCUGAGAAAGGUCUUGGUAAAAUGCAAGACUGCUUUGACUGUUAUGGGGACAAACUGAGCGAUGAUGCUGUAUACAACUCCUUCCUGACAGUUAUAGGAAAGAUGCGCAGAGGAGCAAAACCUGAUCUCAAGAUUCAAAUUGACGAGUUUGAGCAGAAGCUCAGUGUUUGUCAUAGCAAAGGCUUGGAGAACAUGGAUGAAGAGAUGAUCCAAAAUGGAGAGGUCCCACCUUCAGCUGUCAAGAAAAAUCCCCCUGGUAAGAGACGUCCUCUUAAGUCUGUAAACAAAGCUUCAAAAGCUACUGAAGAAACAGAGUUCCAGACUCCGAAAUCUCGCGUCCCCAGGAAGAAUCUCAGGAAGGUCACUGUGACGUUCUCCAGUGAUGAAGAGUCUGAUUUGGAAGCAGAAUUGAGUGAAGCAGAGACUCCCAAAAAUCCUACCCCUAUCAGACGUACAUCUACACGAUCCCGUGCCCGGUGACCUGACCUCUGGGAGCCUCAUGUGUAAACUGUGUAACUGCUAUGUCUUUUUUUUUUUUUUUGUAAUAUGUGCUUCUUGUAUAAUAGUCUUAUUAAAACGUCACUCUGCCUUUUUAUAUUUUCUGUGUGCAGAUUGUAUUUACAAAGUCUUGUAACUUUAUUGUAUAUUUCAUGUAUUAGAACUGUAUUGGCCCCACUGAGGGAAAAUGCCCGCCAGCUCCCAGCCCUUCUUCCUAGAUGGUGCAGCUCUAAAAAAGAUCUCUGCUAAUGGACAUUUCAGCCCAUGUUUUGUACUAUAAAUAAAGUAUAUUCGAAAAAAUGUUCCCAGUCCCUACACAUUACAAUCAAUUUCAGAUAAAUAUAUAUUUUAUAAUUGUAUUUUUAUUGAAAUACAACAAAACAAUUGUUUCAACUGUAUGCACAAUUGUACAAGGUAAAGUGAGGCAAGUCAUGCACGACAUGCAACAAGUGAACAUAUACUAGGACUUCGCAUUCUAU